CAGAAGAAAAGAAGAAGCUCUUCUGUGAGCGUUAUUGGUGUAGGAGGAGCUCCAUUGAAACCUGUGAUACUCUCCUUUCAGUUUCAGAUGUUAGAGUCACAGCACCAACAACAGUCUCUCAAGCCAUGGACAUCAUAGAUCCCAUCUUGGGCAUAGCAGAGAAGCUUUACUCUCUAUGUGGUGAAGUGAAAGCCAAUAAGAAGCGCUGUCAGCGUUUGGCCCAGCGCAUAAAAGCCUUGGAAGAGCUGGUGAGAGCAGUCAAGGUGAAGGGACUGGGGCAAAAGCCUUCCCUUGUGAAGAAUGUCCUAUGCGAGCUCAAACUCACCUUGGAAAAUGCCCAGGACGUGGUUAAGAAAUAUUCCUGCGCCAGCUACCUGAAGCGCAUCCUGAAGGCCUACGACCAGGGAGAUGAUUUUGGGAGUUUAAAUGAGCGUCUGAAUGAUGCGGCUCAGGGGCUGUCGCUAGCCCUGCAGGUGGAUCAGAGUGACGAGCUACUUCAGGAGUCUCGAGAGACGACACGAUGGAGAGAGGAUGAGGCUGACAGGGAGAGUGAUCGUCUGGAGCUGCAGAAAUUGCUACUGUCUCUGGCGGAGGACACGAAGGAAAGUGUGGACACAGUGCAUGAGAAAGUGAACUCCACUGAAAAAGAUGUGAAAGACAUCAAAGCCUUGUUGGAAACCUUAAUGAAGCCCAGUAUUUUUCAUGAAGACAUCAGAGAGAUCAAGCCAGAGGAGCUGAUCUACGACGUGCCCAAAGAGCCCUUCAUAAAAAAUGACAGCUCUGAAAUAUUCAAAGGAGAGUACAACAAAUUCACAGUGGCCAUCAAAAGAUACGCCUACUCAAGUAGCACAAGCCUGCGGCAGGUGAGAAGCGUCUUUAAAAAGGAAGUGGAGACUAUGAAACGCUUUGAGUCACCAAACAUCCUGCGAAUGUUUGGGAUCUGUGUCCAGGAAGAAAGCGGACCCAAUCCAAACUUCCUCAUUGUCAUGGAGUUUUGUGAGAAGGGCAGUCUGAGAGAGGUGCUGGAUUCCCAAAGGAAGCUGCCCUGGGACAGAAAGGCUCGCAUGAGUCUGGAUGCAGCACAGGGCCUCUACAGAUUGCACCAGUCGGAGGAGAAGUUUAAAGUGCAUGGAUGCAUCAACAGCAGCAAGUUCCUGGUAGAUACCGGGUACAGAGUGAAGCUGGGAGGUUUUGAGCUGGCCAAAACCGAGACGUCAUUGAAGAGGACUAAGGACAGCAGUAGAAGCUCUUUAUGCUACAGCUCCCCUCAGCAGCUUGAGAGUAUUAAUCAUAAAUACAACAAGGAAUGUGAGAUGUACAGUUUUGGCAUUGUCCUUUGGGAGAUUGCAACCCGCGAGAUUCCCUUCAGAGACUGCUCACACAAAGAGGUGUAUGAGAGGGUGUGUCAAGACAAAUAUACUGAACCUCUUCCUGAAGACUGCCCUAAACAGUUGGGGGAACUGAUCAACGACUGUCGCUCCUAUGACAGCUUCCACAGGCCAACUGCAGGAGUGUUAGUGGACAAGCUCCGCAAAGUGGUUGAGCUGCUAGAGGAGGACUAACAAACAGAGGUUUCCAUCCCCAGAGUACUCCGAAAAGAAGAAAACCAAGAGCGGUUAUCAACCCCAGGUCAAAGGAAGACCAAUUUACUGUCUCAAAUUCUUUAUGGGAUUAAAACUUCUUCUGGAUCGGUAUCCCAUCCAUGGGACCGUUGCGCUAAUGUAGGCUAAUGCGAUGAGCAUGAGGUUGUAAGUAACAAGAACAUUUCCCAGGACAUAGACAUAUCUGAUAUUGUCAGAAAGCAUAAAUUCUUGUUAAUCUAACUGCACUGUCCAAUAUACAGUAGCUAUUACAGUGAAAUAAUACCAUGCUAUUGUUUGAGGCGAGUGCACAAUUUUGAACAAAGUUAUUAAUAAACAAAUUAGGCACAUUUGGGCAGUCUUGAUAGUUAAAUUUGAACAGAGACAAAAUGGUUCAUUGGCUCAGUCUGAAACUUUGUACAUACAAAAGUACAUACAAAAUCUAAAUUGCAUGCGAUGGCCUUUCUCUUGCAUUUCAAAGAUGAUGGUGCAAAAAAAAUAUUAUCUUUUACCAGAUCUAAUGUGUUAUUCUCCUACAUUCCUUUCACAUUUCCACAAACUUCAAAGUGUUUCCUUUCAAAUUGUAUGAAGAAUAUGCAUAUCUUUGCUUCAGUGACGGGGCUAUAGGCAGUUAGAUUUGGGUAUGUCAUUUUAGGUGAAAAUUCACUUGGAAAAACAAGAAAAAAGCAUUAUGCACACCUGCAUCUCAUCACCUGGACUUCAUUACUCCCUUUACUACUCACCCUUUUUAUAUAGUAAUCUUCUGUUAGUAGUUGUCAUGUAGUAUUGUUUAUGUUUCCAUGUCAGGUGCUUCUCUUGUUUUGUAUUGUUCAUUAUUAUUAAACUCACUAACUGCA